UACUGCCGCACGCAUUGCGCAAGUCCUUUCUUCCUUGAACGCACCUGGCCGCGCGGGACGACAGAGUACGAGACAAAAAUGACUUCUCAUUAUAAAGACGUCCUGCUCGUCGGUUUCGGCGCGGUAGGCGCAAUCUAUUCCUUGAUUUUGAAGAGAAGUGGCCUUGCUCGGAUCACUGCCGUCGCAAGGAGUAAUUAUGAUGCCGUUAACGCUCACGGAUUGAACAUCAAGAGCCGCAAGUAUGGAGAGCUCCAGGGCUGGAAGCCAGAUAGGCUCUUCCGGUCUGUCGCGCAAGCCCUCGACCGCCCAUACUCUUAUGUCGUUAUCACGACAAAGGCGAUCCCUGAGCUGAUACGCACCUCGACCCUUUUGGAACCCCUGCUGCAGCCCGAGUAUGCCGACAAAUAUCUGCAGCCGACAUACGUUCUGAUGCAGAACGGCCUCAAUGUCGAGGUCGAUCUGUACCACGCUCUGAAGAAACUGAACACGUCCGAAGAGCCCAGGAUCAUCAGCACUGCUGUUUGGAUCGGCACAGGCAUGCUGAACAGCAACACCGUAGAACAUUCUGAAUUCGAUCGCGUAUCGCUAGGCAUAUACCGCCCCACCACGAACAACACCGAAAACACACCGGAAGAAACUGCCAUUCUCGAAGACUUCGCACACAUCCUCGCAGCGGGCGGUACCGAGACGACCGUCGUCCCCGAGAUCCAACGCGUCAAAUAUUCCAAAAACUUUUGGAACGCCUGCCUCGGCAUCACAGCCGCCCUCACGCGUUUCCCACUCACUGCCGUCUUCCGCCCACCGCACCUCGCGCCCGGCGCCUCGCAGACCGCCCCUCCCGCUCCCGAGCCAACCAACCCAAAUCAAGAGCCGCAAACGCCCUCGGCCGCCGCCACCGCGGACAUCCCCAGCGCGUCCCCCGCCAUCAGCACAUACGCCAUCCCGCUAUUGUACGAUGCGAUGAGCGAGGUGUAUGCACUCGGCAUGGUGCUCUUCCCGCCGUCCGAGUCCGGGCCUCCCGGGCUCGACCCGGACAUCGUGCGCAAGACGCUCGUGAACACUUCACGACUGCACGCGCGCCCCGAAGCGAAUCACCGCGCGAGCACGCUCGUGGACGUCGAGAAUGGCCGCCCGACGGAGGUGGAGGUCAUCCUCGGUGAACUGGUGAGGAUGGGCCGCCGGGAGGGCGUGCCGAUGCCGAGAAUUGAGACGUUCUAUGCAUUGAUGUUGAUCAUUCAAAACCAACUCCUGCAGCAAAAGAAGGCAUCCUUGUGAAUGUAUAAUACGGAUGUAGUUCUGCGUUGCGGUUGGAACUUAUACGCUUCUUGAUUAGUUGUCCUCCUGUGUAGCCGGGAUCAAUGCUUUUUGCUCAUCGGUCUGUCUGUGAAGGGCGUAUGCAUGAGCCACUUUGUUCGUUCAUUGUCUGCUUGUUAUACAAGGCAAGCGAAAAGCAACGUCAGC